UAAGCGAUAAAGUGAAUGCUUUCCUGAUUAAAAGCGCGAAAUUUUUGUCAUUUUACGAACAACCAUUCAAUAGUAAAGAUUUAUUAUUAAGAAGCCUGCAAAAUAAAAAAUAUCAUUGACAUGAAUAAGAAAGAAAAUUUUUCAUCAGAAUUCAAAGAAUAUAGUGAAGAAUCAAAGGGCAAGAAACCUCCAAGUUCAUCCACAUUUUUACCUCCAACAAAAGGAAAUAUUUUCAAUGUACCCGAUAUUAAAAUCAUGAGUAAUAGAACAAGUAGUUCACAAGUGAACCAAAAUAAACAGACAAAUAGUAAUAAAAAUCAACCACGUGUAAUAAAUGUAAAUAAAAAUGAUUCAAAAAAGCCUCAAUUUGUUGCUGGAGUUUUAAAUGCACCUAAAGUUUGUGAACCUGGAUAUAAAUUGGAUAGUACUGGAAAGCCACGACUAGUUUAUCGUUAAAAAAUCAAUAUUAACAUGCUAAGUGUGAACAAAACAUCGAAAUAAUAGUUUAUUUAAUUAUAAAAUAUAUUAAGGACGCCGAUCCAAUUUUAAA